AGUGCCUGCGCACCAUUUCCCGUGUUAUCGGUGGCGCGCAAUUUUUCGCGCUAAUUCGUGCGUGUUUUGACUUGAAUGAUCGCAUCCGGAUACUUGUUUAUUUCGUUGUCGCAAUGCCCAAACACACCAUCUGUUAUAGAUCUGAAGAGACUGGCGCCUAAGGGCCGCCAGUCGAGGAAAAUUACCAGAUACUGAUGGACGUCAAAGCUGAGAGCUCGGUGAAGAAGGAGCCUCUCUACAUCGAGUCCCAUGCUGUCUACUUCCCUCAUACGCCGUACCAAUCUCAAAAGAUGGUCAUCAUAAAGGUCCUACAGGGCUUGAGAAAUGGAAGGAAUUGUCUCAUCGAGUCACCUACGGGGAGUGGAAAGACCCUUGCCCUACUCUGCUCGUGCUUGGCUUGGCAAAAGAAAAAGAAAGAAAUUCAUCAAGCCCAGGUGGAAAAGAUGAUGCAGGCAAUGCAAGCUCGGCACCAUGAGUUCGAAGAUACUGGCUCGUAUGAUCCAAGAUGCUCGGCUGUGCCAUUGGGCGGUGCAUCAUGCAAAGGCUCCAGAGUGCAUGGGUGCGCAAAACCAGUCACACCAUUGAAGGAGCAACAGCCACAACCAACCAAACCCUGGAGCUACAAGUUGGAAGGACCCCCUCCCGCAAACGGUCCUAGCUGCCCACUUGUGGCAUUGGAGGGUGCCUCGUGUAUAGGCUCCAAGGUGGAUGACGGAGGCAGCCACACCACACCUUCAAAGGUGCCACAGUCGCCACUAGUCAAACGUUCUAAAGUUUAUGACGAGAGAGGGCUUUGCGAUACGCCUUUGAAAGAGGAACAGGCGGCAGAAGCUGCUGAACUCCUCAGUCAUUAUGUUGCAACACCAAGCCCUUCGGGAGUGACACGGGCAUGCAAACUCUCGCUAAAGGCAAACAGUCCGUGUCGUGUUGUGACGAGUGGUGCAGUGCAGUCACCGAGGCAGCAGGUGGUAUCCGCCCAGCCCGUCGUGGCAAGCCCAGCCGUGGCUUCGGCGAGUCAGGCAUCCACGGUGGCGAGCCCUACUGUACCUGCCGCGUUAGCCACCCAUCUCCCUGUGGCUCCCGGAGAUCUGCUCCCGGCUAACGUUAAGCCUGGCACCGAGUACAUGGUCGUUCGCAACACCACCGGUCAAAUGUUGGACCUGAACACCUUGCUGUCGUUGCCUGAGCUGAAAACAAACAAGGAUACGAUCGUUGCCCAAGCGAGCCAAGUGACGCCUGCCAAGCAGCAAGCAGUCGGCAAGCCAGUGAAGGUGCAACCUGUCAAAACUCCCCUUAAAUCUUCUAUUCCCUCACCCAUGGAUGACGACGAUGACGACUUCAAGCCAAUGAAGAAAAUGCGCCAGUCUGUAAAUACUCAUAUACGUAAUAGCCUUGCAAGCCUUCCAUCACCAAAGCGGGAGGAUGCUUCUGCUGUUAGCAGUGCCCCGAGCACUUCAACAGUUCUCGAACAGCUAAUCCAAUCACAGCAGCAGCUCCCUCCUUCAGAACAACCCACUCCAUCCAAAGGGUGUCAGGGAAUCGCGGACAAGCCCUUGGAGAGGGUACCCACAAUUUUCUAUGGCACAAGAACACACAAACAGAUAGCGCAGGUGGUGAGAGAGCUGAAGAAGACGGACUAUUGCCAUGUCAAGAUGUGCAUCUUGUCAAGUCGCGAGAGGACCUGCGUCCACCCGGUCGUGUCAAAGUCGACAGCCAAGAACGAGAGGUGCAAAGAGCUACUAGAGGACAUGACAAGAGGUCAAGGGGGUUGUGGCUACUACAUCAACAUGAAGAGGGCACCUCCUGCUCCAUCGAUGGAGCCCUAUGACUUGGAAGACCUCGUGAAGAUUGGGAAAAGGAUAAGGGUAUGCCCCUACUACUGGAGUCUAGACCUGAUGCCGGGUGCGGACAUAAUCUUCUGCCCUUACAACUACCUCAUCGAUCCAGUAAUUAGGAAAUGUUUGUCUAUCGAUUUAAAUAAUGCUGUCGUGGUACUUGACGAAGCGCACAAUAUCGAGGACAUCAGUCGUGAAGUGAUGAGCAUCUCAGUCACGCAAGACCAGCUGCGGGACAUUAUCGCCGACUUGGAAGAAAUGCAGCGCAUUCCAUACAUGCCUGAAGAACACUAUGCCAUUGCGAGUGUGAUGUCCAAACUUAGUCUCUGGAUAACGCAACAUUCGGAUCACCUGGACGACUACAGGGGCUUCGAACAGUCUGGGAAGGUCUGGGCUGGCACUGAAAUCCUUGCUUUUAUGACUGACGUUGGUCUGAGCCCAGAGUGUUUCAAGAACUUCAAGACUCUCGUUAGUGCUAUCACAACUGUUGAAAAACCGUCGCCAGAAAUGGACCCGGAGCAGGUCUUGCCUCCAACAGUCAAUGCAGCGACAUCUGCAACGUUGCAAAACUUUGUCAUCAUCUUCGACUUUAUGUACAGGGACGACCUUAAGUACCUUGGCGACUUCAGAGCUGCUAUGGUGAAGGCUCCAUCUAAGAAAAAGCAAACAGAGGCCUCUAGGUGGUUGUCAGGUGGUGGUGUUGGUGGAUUUAAUGCGGCCUGGACGCAUAGCCUCAACUUCUGGUGUCUCAACCCUGCUGUCGCCAUGUCAGACAUUAAGGACAAGGUACACUCCUUGAUCGUGGCAUCGGGGACGCUGACGCCCAUGGAGUCCUUUGAGUCUGAGCUCGACAUGCCUUUCAAGAGCCAGUUGCAGGCCAACCACGUCAUUCCACGUGAAGGGGUCUGGAUUGGAAGCAUUACAUGUGGACCCAAUAAUGUGAACCUCACCGCCAAUUUUAAAACUGCCGAGACAUUUGAGUUUCAAGAUGAGAUAGGGUCCAUCCUUUGGGACAUCUGCAAGGCUGUCCCCUAUGGAGUGCUAUGCUUCUUCCCAUCGUAUGGCAUGAUGAACAAAUUGUCCCAGCGAUGGCAGAACACUGGAAUGUGGGGCAAGCUGGAAAGACUGAAGCACAUUGCCAUUGAACCCCAGAAGGCAGACUCCGACAGUUUCGACUGCACCAUGAACGAGUACUUCAACCAUGCCUUAGGAAAAUACAGCGAUGGUUAUGAGGACGACAGGGGAGGAGCCCUUCUGCUUGCCGUGUGUCGGGGCAAAGUGAGCGAAGGCCUGGACUUUGCCGACAACAGUGCGAGAGCCGUGGUGACGAUUGGCAUUCCAUUUCCUAAUGUAAAGGAUAUACAGGUUGACCUGAAACGCAAGUACAAUGACCAGCAGCUCAAGUCUGGCAGACAAGUGAUGGCUGGAAAUUCUUGGUACGAGACGCAGGCGUUCCGUGCUCUUAAUCAGGCCCUGGGAAGGUGCAUUCGACACAGGGAAGACUGGGGUGCCUUGAUUAUAAUAGACCACCGCUUUUCACAACAACCAAAGUUUCAGAAUGCCCUGUCAAAGUGGAUUCGGGAACAGUUCCAGUGUUUUCGAUACUACAACGAAGCCAUGGAUUCUCUGAAGACAUUCAUGGAAGCCAAAAUGAAGAAGUUUUCUCCUCCGCGCUGCAAAUCGGAACCACGCGGGAUAGACCCUUCUAAUGACUGUAGCAUCUUACCGGCAGGAGACACGUCGAGCAUGUCUGUGAACCAAACAGAGCCGAUCGAACUCUCUAAUGACAGCUGCGAAGAAAUGUUUGCAUCAAGCCCGUCUUGAUGCAGCCUUCACAGCACCAGGCCUUUAGUCACAUUGUGAUCAUGUUCAUUUGUGGCUGCACCAAGCAACACUGACUAAAUCUGUGUUGGAAUUGACCUGGACCCAUAAGUGUGCUUGGUAUAGCCAGAAUGUAAAUAUUUAUGCAUUGUGAAUGUUUGCGAUGAGAGGAUUUGCUUUCAAUAGGUUUAGCUGAUUUUUGAUGCCAUUUUUUGAAGUGAAUUUUACAGGUGCAUGAAAUCGUACAAGUUUCCAACUGUUAAUUUAUACAAAUUUGUCGCAUGUCUAUUCUGAACCUCUCGUUUUGAACAAUUGGAUGCACUUUUUAAAAUAAGUUGUUUUUACUGCAUUUUUGUGUCGAGCAGUUUACGGUUGUUGUACAUGUCACAUUAAAUCAUGAUAUAAAUUUUAUACCAUUAAUUU